AUUGUGUAAUGAUUACCAAAUAUGUAUUAGUAUAAUCCACCAUGCAUCUCCCAUGUUCAUUCACUCCAAAAACACAACUCAACUUCAGAUGGCAAGAAGGCAAACACUUAUCCUCCUCCUGUUAGCAUGGUUUCUCUUCACAGCUUUUCAAUGUAAUGGCAGAUUCAUAAAGAUUCAAGCAACCAAAUCAGUCAAUUUCAAGCUACGGAAAUUGCAGUCCAGCUCAAAGUGGCCAUCAGAACAUCAAGUUUCUGCAUGGGAUGACAUGAAAAAAGUCCACAAAGCACCAUCAGGACCAAAUCCAGUCGGAAACCAUCGCCCACCAACAAGGCCAUGAAAGUAUGUGUGUGAUUCUGCAAGAAGAGUAGAGCUGAUAAUGCAGGAACAAAUAUUUGUAAGAUGAAAAUUAGAAUAUUGUGGGGGUACAAAGAUGUGAAAGUAUUUAGAAUCUCGGUUCCAUUAUCUUUAUUGGCUAUAGCCUUAUGUAACUACGAGUGGUUAGUGCAUUUAUUUAGUUUCUGGAUACCAAUUCACAGUAAAUGACCGGUUUGCUUAAGAAAAAGCUAGAAGAUUUCUUGUUAUCAACUUACCAAGCAUGAGCAUUAUAUUGCAGCUUUAUGAUUUGAACACUUUCAAAAGUAUGUUUGAGUGCUCAACUGGUGCUAGAUACAAAGAAACCCCAGCAGA